AUGCUUACCAACAUUGAGCGGGGCGUCAUCAAUGCCACCAACAACAACAGAGCAUACGCUACAGAAAUUAAAAACAAGCUAUCAGCAUUUUUGGACACACCUCCUCCGGACGACCUCAUAGUAGAAAAGGCGGUUAAAUCAGCUACAGCAGCAGCAGUGGAGGCGAUGGAAACAACAACAAUUUCAAUGGGCCUUAUUCCACAACUAAUAAAUGACCUCAGAAGCGACCUGGUGCCAUCUUCCCUAGUCCUCACUGAAUCAAAAAAAUUGGAUGAAUUAUUGGAUGAAGUGAAACAUGUUUCUGCUGCUGUUUCCAACUUAAAACAGCAACAACAAUCUUUCCAAGACUCCAAUGAACGGCAAAAGGCAUCAGAACAUCUACAACAACAACAAAAUCAACAAUCCCAGCAAGACGUGACCAAUAAUGCAAUCAUGGACCUGUUUGCUGAGCGUCGAGCCAAAUUCUCUAAAUUGAGCAACGAAGCUCAAUCGAAAAAAGACCUUUCCUCCGCUGGUUGGCGAAUGCUGGGAAAUAAAUGGUAUUGGAGGCCAUACUGGUCGACAUACGACAAGAAGCUGAAUAGGCAAAAGCUCCAAGAAAAAGCCGUUGAUAAGGCUAGACAACGAAGGAAACGAAGAAAACAACAAUCCGCUCGUAUUAGCAACAAACCACCUGCAACUUUCAAAGAUCAUACUGAAGGACACAUGGAACCACCUAUUCAAAAAGAACAACAUCAACCAGAAAACUAUCAACAGUCACAAAGCCAACAACAACAACAACAGCCAGCACAACUUUCUUGCAGCAGUGAAAGCCGACUUUAA